UCCAGUUAUUGAAGAAGCGUCAUUUGUGUUAUAUUCAGGCUUUUGCAGCGCUAUUUAUUUAAAAUUUUCGUAAAGCACUGAUUGAGAAGGAAUGUCGAAACAAAUUGAUACGCGCAAACGUCUAAUGGUAAUGUUACAAAAUGAUAUAAGUUUACAGCAGCAGGAGAACGCGCUAGCUAAGCAAAGCACCAAAUUUCACAAUAAAAUGGCGGGAAGACAACAAACUAUUAAACGUCAACAGCGAAAAUUGGACAAAUUAAAUGAAAUGUCAAACCUGCGCCAAGAUGAUGAAGAAAAUCGAAUUGCAUUUGAACAAGCGAUGCGCGACAAGUUGUCAAGAGAGCAACAAAAUUUAAUUGAAAUGCAGAAGGAACUCGCUACAAAGAAACAACAACGAGACGAUAUGAUAGGAUUCGCACGCACUCUGAGUGAAGCAACCAACACUUACAUCAAUCUAAACGCUUUGCCCGCACGCGUUAAAGGAGUCGCCGUUCUGCCAGAUCAGGGCGAAUGGAUACCUUUUAAUUGCGAUGCCUACGAUCUAAAGGGAUUAAAUACGCUUUGGUCACAUCUAAAUAAGCCCAGUUCCACAGCUGAAAAGUGGCAGCAGCUUUUCUCUGUAGACAGCUCCACACUGCCAAGUGCAGAAGGAAAGGAAAACGCCAAUGCUUCGAUGUCUGUAAUUGAAAUUGAUCUUACCUCGCCGACAUCUAACAGAUCAGUUGGCGAAAAU